AUGUGGGGAUUUUGGGCUGGCAAGGACCUCCUUGUGCCGCUCACCAGCUCCAUGUACGUGCCGGGCAAGCUGCAGGACGUGCGCACGGUCCUGGUGGACGUCGGCACCGGCUACUACGUGGAGAAGUCUGCCGAGGACGCCCGGGCGUUUUUCAAGCGCAAAAUCGAAUUCCUGACGCGGCAGAUGGAGAAAAUCCAGCCGGCCCUGCAGGAGAAGCACGCCAUGAAGCAGGCCGUGCUGGAGAUGCUGGCGCAGAAGCUGCAGGCGCUGACGGCGGCUCCGGGAGCAGCCAAGGCCUAACCCCCCCCCAAAAAAUCCUGACAUUUCGGGGUGCAGCCCCCCCAAAACUGCGCUGGGGAUUUGGGGGUGCGGCCCCCCAAAAAAAUCCGGGAUUUGGGGGUGCAGCCCCCCCAAAAUCCCGAUCCGCCCCCUCUGUUUUGUAGCAGCCCUGGAAUAAAGGAGAAACGGCUCCGA